AUGCUCAUCGGCGGCUACAGCGUUCGCUUCCCCUUCACGCCCUACCCCAGCCAACUGCUCAUGAUGGACCGGUACGGAGUGGGCCUGCAAAUCGGCCAUGGUACCGGCAAGACUCUAUCCCUCCUGUGUGCCGCCCUCGCCUGGCAAGAGAAGGAGAAGGCUGCUGCUCUGCAGAGAACCAAGGAAGCGCAGGCCAGCAAGCGGACGAAGCUCGAGGUGGAGCUGAGUGAAGAGGAUGUCGUCCAGGCAUUCCCCUCCCUUGACCGACACCGACAACAGAUGCAGAAGGAAGCGGAGGAAGAGGCCAAAUACCCUCGCAUCUUCUUUGGGAGUCGCACGCACAGCCAGAUCGCACAACUGCGCAGGGAAUUGGAGCGAACGGCCUAUCGACCAACGAUCAGCGCACAAGGCUGCGGCUGCUCGUACAAGAAAAACAAGAAGGCCCUUAUCAACGACGCGGCGCUCCAGCCGGGCGGUGAGCUCGAGGUGUGGGACAUCGAGGACCUGGUUGCGCUGGGCAGCGAUCUCAAAGGCACAGCCACCACGCCCUCCCUGACCAACUGA